AUGUUGAGGAAGCCCUGGCAGCAUAAGAGGAGCACAGGUGAACAGACAGUGAUUGAUGACAAAGCCGAAGAGUUAGUUUUUCUUUUUCUACAAAUAAUUUCCAAAGCCAAGCGAAGUAUGUUGUUACCUGCAUAGAUGCUGCGCAGCUCUUGCUUCAGCGAACAAGUGGGGAACCCCCCUUCGAAAAGGGGCUGGAUGGUCGCAGGCCGCCCACUAUACCUUCGGUUGAUGAUUUUUGCACUUUGUGGGAACUUUCAUGUGCUUUUCAAAAGCUUUGUUAUCUUCCAACGGAAUCCGGCGAAAACCAGGGCCCUAAUAAGGUCACACAUGCUUCCAGUCUCGACUACUCGGAUUCGAUCCGUUCGCGUUCACCACGGCUAAUCAGGAGUAUCAUCCGUUUCCUUGACCAUCUAUCAUCUCACACUUCUAUCGAAAAUUCCUUUUGUACAGGUCAGUCGUCCUUGCUCCCAAAAAAGUUGGUUGAUGACUUUUUAUUUGCGGGCAGCUUUUUCAAUACUUUCCCAUUAACUUAUUUUCACCCUGUCGUCUGAUAUCUCUGUCUGUGGACUAGCGGCGAUGCCCAUAAGAUCAGAAAUUAGGCCGUUUGCCUUGAUAUAUGUUCUUUUAUCUGCUCUUUCACAGUUGGUGGUUUUAAAUUGUAUGCUAAGAGAUUCGUAGUACUUUUUUUCUACUAGUAACAAAACACGCUUCGCCAAGUCGACGAAUAAUUCGUUAAUUUCGUCAACGGUAAUCACAACCUAUCCAACCGGCUCCGUAUCAGAAGUCCACCACAUCACUACCAACAACCGUUCAUUUAAGUCGGGACGCAGUAGACUCCUAAACGAAGUUGAGCCAGUGGUCACUACGGCUACGUUAACUUCAGCGACACGUCCGCGGCGACCUUACAACCGUUGUCAACAGGAGACUUUUUAACGAGAAAAGAUCGUAGACAAUUUCUUAUUGGGGUCAGCGCAAAAAAUGCGGAAUCAUUUCAAUUGGCAAAUCACAACCUGGGUCCUGAUCAAUACAUUCGCCACACACCCGCCCUCCACACGUUCUGGUGUCAGGCAGAAAGAAGAUCUCCAAACAACGCCGGGAUCAGAUUUUCUCACAUGUGGAGAUUGUACGUGAAAUGGUACCGCCUGUAUUACUUUACGGUUAAGUGGCUCCUGGAUAACACAGCUGUGUUAAUCAAAUAUUUUCGUAUUAUAUACUAAAUUCCUAUCCUCCUGUCACACCUGUGCUUACGGAAUUUUACCAGGAUCAUCUGAGAUUUGACUCACCUUGAACAAGACAGCCUAGGCUUGCGUGGUGGAGAAGUGAAACUAAGUCAAUGAUUCUCUUUUUUGUAGAUAAUGUUUUCACACACCCCACUGAUUUUUUGAAAACCCCUGAACUCAUUUUGACUGCGAACUAUCUCAAAGCCACAGGCCGGACAGCUAACAAUUCUCCCUACUUUUUGCUGCCGAGAUUGGCCGCACAGCUGACUUUCUGCGAGAAUAAUGCUACCCCCAACAACGGAUCUUUGCCAGUAGAUGAAAUCCACCUUUUGAGUGAUGCCGGGCGGCGUGUGCUCCUGGAUUUGAGAUCGUCAUGCGAUCUGGCUUUUCUGACCCCGCUUGCUGCUGUACGGGCCUACUUGUGCAUCUCCAGCUAUAUGUAUGGCACACCGUUCACAGAUUGUCCGCCGGAUCUUUAUUCAGUCGUCAAAACGGUGCUGCGCUUGCUGGAAACGCUCGCCACCCUUAUUUGUGCAUCUGCUGGACAACCCAAAAGCAUUCUGUCCCAGUAAGAAACGGUUAACUAGGCCAUUUAUGCUUUAGAAAUUUACAGUAUUUACUUCUGGUUUGUGUAGCAUGGUUCGUUUCCUUUUAGGUUAAAAAUGUACUUUCUCAGUUCAUUGGCCGGCAUCAACAGUCUUGUCCUUUCCUGCCCGACAAAUGCCCAUUAUACGAACUCUGUUUCUUCAGACAAGCGGUUAGCACUGUCAGCCCUUUGCCAACUUUCCAAAAUGCUGCUCAAUCCCUGCCUCUUUCCGGAUAUAGCCGCAGAAACACUCAUUACUUCCCUUUGUUUCCUAUCACGUCUCCAGCCUGACGCUCUUGAACAAUGGCAGUCUUGCUUCGGUGACUGUCUGGCUGUUAGACCCCUUUUGACGGCUUUUGCGCCUAUUGAUGAAGAAGUGCUGUCCACUAUGCUCUUUCUUCUAUAUUCAUCUUGCAAAACUGGAGGUCCUGAAAAUUCCUGCCUGGUCAUCCUUGUCCUUAAUGAUCUUGUUCGACUUCUGACCCCAACUCGAGAGGACUAUGAUGCAAAACUGGUUUAUCUUGUCGGUGUCUUGGCUCACCUCCUCACUCUGAGUGGAGAGGGCUCUGAAAAUCCCAGUCUACUCUCACUUGCAACUGAUUUGGCUCCCACAAACAUAGCCCUUUCCUUCGUCUGGACGUGCAUUAAAUCCCUGGCUGACAUUCCUCAGUUCCCGAAAGAACCUGCAUGGAUCUUUGCCACUGUCUAUGCCCAUCUCUACGAGCGAGCUUCGACAAACCUCUGGACAAUUACUCUCUCGCCUUCGCCCCUCUCAGAACAACUAUACGAACAACUUACAGCCACAGAUGAUGCGCCUGCAGACCUUUCAUUGGACUCUUCGUGUUUCUGCCUUCGUCUUUUGGUCGCAGUGGCUCGUAGCCGUCCUCUCGGUGCGUUUACCAGCGACUUAAAAGGCAAAUUUACGGCUAAUUGUAAGCGAUUACUCUACCCAACCUUCUUCUAAUUCCUAUUUCCCACAGGCUCAUCCUUCCGGUCAGCCCUUCUACAGUCCGUUGUAGCACAAAAUCUCAUCGUCUCGGCCUCUUCCUCGUCCGUCUGGUCUAUCUUCCAGCGAGUACAGCUGACUUUUGAACUAAUCAAGGCCCUCACAGCCCUUGUUCCCGGAUUGUCCGACCCCAAAAGCCUCGAGGACGCGAGCAAAUCUGCUGCAAUUCUCCGUGAUCUGUUCUCGUCUCAGCAGUUUAUGGUCUCGGCCAUUCGAGAUGAAUGGUUACACCAGGUGCCACCAGUCAUAUCGUGAGUUACAUUAUUUUGCUUCCCAUAGUUUUGAUAUAUACAACUCUUUCGCGACUCAGUCUUUAGGUGCACUCGUUUUUUCACAUUUUAAAAACUUCUGCCACCGCAUAUAUUUGAGGAUAUUUUACAGACGGUAUGGAGGGGAGGGUUGCAAGAAUAUAACUGACUCCACAGGCUGUGUCGUGCGAGCCGUCUAAGCAGACAACUGCAGGGUUCUUCCGCUGAUCCAAGCACAGCGUCGUCGCAUCAUGAAUCCAAAAACUUUCUCGGUUGCCCCACAAACUGACGAUUUAAGUGUUGACCAUUGGCUACUACCAUCUGCCGGCUCGGAUCGUCAAACGGCAGCAAUGAGUUGUCGGCGUUUUGCUACAUCAAGACGUCUAAAAACUCGACCGUUUGUUCAAAAUUAUGAUCGAUUUUUGCACUUAACGUCUUGAUAAUGGAGAGCCGGCCAAGCUCUCCCAAAUGUCAUUACAAUCCCCUUGAUCCGAUGAGCACUUCAUUUUUCUCAGACUAUAGACCACCAAAGCUUAAGGCGAAUAAGGGAUAUCGUCGGCGUAGUCUAAAUCAGUCAGUCGGCGUCUGGGUGCGACCUCAACACCAUUAAAACCGUUCAGGGCUCUUUCGAGAAUCCAGAUAAUAGUGUGAUUAAACAGAAUGGGCGACAGGAUACAGCCUUUUCGAUCACCAAGUCUGAUAUGAGACGGUUAGGGGAGCUUGUUGUGUCACACCAUCUACUUCCAUUAUUCGCCACGGAGACUUACGAUGGACGAAACAGAACGCAGCGGCGAAGCUAACAGAGCAGACGGUCGUCGGUUGCUGAGAGCUACGACGGAAUUCUAUAGUGUGCCUCAGUACGGAUAUCUAGUUCUCGCAUCCACGCCUAGCUCGGAAUUCGGCUUGGUUGGGCCUCGUCCUAGAGUCACAUACACAACGGAAUCGCCUAAGGACAGCAGUUCAUACCUUCACAACAACAUCGGUGAGGCUUGCGUUGCAGUAGUUCUCUACGCUUACUCAAUCACCUCAUGGAGGCAGGACGUCAGAAUGUCGACAGAGGACUUGUCGAUUUCAGCGGCGAUACCGUACUCCUCAAGCGACUUAUUGUUGCGCAGCCCUUGUAUUGCGUCGGCAACUUCUCCCUCAGAAGGGGUGUCGCACGACACGGCACAGGAUGGAGAAGGAUAAAACUGCCACAAAGGAAAGCGCAGGUGUGAUGGGUCGCUCAUGAAAGUUGAGAAGAUGCUCGAAGUGUGCUUACGCCAUUCACAUCGCGAAUAGAGUCAUUAGGUAUGGAGGGCUUGCGACUAACUUUGGGGAUAAUUUGGUUGAGUUCUAGAAUGUCGCGGACGUUUGAAGCCUGCUCCAUGGAAGUCCCUGUUUAAACCAAAUAUUUCUGUCAUUUUCCUGAGUUGACGGAAGAAGGCAUAGUUGCGAGACCCCGUCCGAGCCGUCUGAGCAGACAACUGUAGGGCUCUUCUGACGCCGCUUCAUGAACCCAAGAACUCGGCUGCCGCACCGACUGAUGAUUUCAGUGCUGACCAUUGACUACUGACAUUUCUGUGGACUCGGAUCGUCAAACGGCGGUAAUGAGUUGUCGUCAUUUUGCGUCAUCACGACGUUUGCCAACUUGGCAUUUUGUGUGGAAAUUAAAGGCAAACUUCCAGGCCUGUGCGUACGAGAACAUCGUCAGACUAUGGGGGUGUUACAAGUUUCGUCACCACGCACCGGUCUGUUAUCGUGAACCCAGCUGGGAAACCUUGAACCAGCUAAAAUGUAGUCGGUCUGACUGGCCAUGUGGCUGUUGUUUGAUUAUCAGGUCAGCAGAUGUUUGUGACGACGCUGGAACCACGUGUUAGUGACUAACAGUCGGUUCUGCUCAUCAAAAUUCAUAAUUCUUUCAUCAAGCAUGGAACUGUUAAAAAGUGGCUCUUUGAAGAGUCACCGGAUCCAGCCCGGCAAUUCCAGUCCCCAAGAACAGUCAGUAUAUCACGACGAGGGAGCCUUUAAUUCCUGCUGCUGCAAUUAGAAUACCUUCUUAUCGUUCUGUUCGACUGCUGGUGCAUGCAUGGAGACGACAGAGAUGUUCGUUAUGUGGCCCUCCAGUUGCACGUAUGCCAUCUAGACGUCGAGUUUUCGCAUGCAACUAGUCGGCGGUUUACCUGUUCCGAGAGGACGAGAGCCAUUUCGAAUUUGCUAGGAGGGUCGCGUGGGCCGCUGCUAAUGCAGGAAUUCACUACUGCGCCUGAGUCGACAAAGUGUGAAUUAACCACCGGGGUGUUUUUUUACGUAGCGGCCGAAUCGGGUAUUCGGAUUUCAGACAGGCAACAAACAUCCGCGUUGUACUGACGAAGACUGCGCUCCCCAAGACUUUGGAUACCAGGGUCCAGAAACGUUUUCUCAUCCCAUCACCCAGUACCGAGAGUCCGUUCCCGGCUGAACAGCUCAACUCAAGUGUUUUUUGCUCGCACCACUAGAGUAGGGUUUGGGAGCCUAGCGGUUCUUGGGGACGCCGUCGGAUGGGUCGUAAUACUGCAUUCGAACAUAUGUUCGUGAGGUUUCUUGCAAAUUUCGGGUAGAGGCGGAUCUUCAAUGGCCACUCAGAUUGUUUGUUCGGGGUUUUCGUCUCUAUCGCUUUGACUGAAACACCCAAUCACAGGGCAGCGGUGUCAAGCAAACUUACUUGAGUGGGAGCCGGGGCCCCCAUGCCAGUGUUGUCACCGUGCCUUACGGGAUUGAUAAGGCCGUUGGUUUGUUCGGCCUCCGCCCUCCACGUGCUGGUAGCAUCGUUGCCGCUGGUCCGCGACGGCUUAUUUGCCAGGCCCAUAAGUAUGCUUAUUUCGCAGCCAACCUCCACUGAAUGUCGUUCCACUAAUCGCCGGGUAGCCGGCAACCAGGCUCGAGGUUGGGUUUAUUUGUCCUAAAACAACAGUACCAGACUAAUUUUCGUCUUUCUUAAUCCUUUAUUGCCUUCCGUCAAGGGCAUUUGUGGAUUGCCUAACACGGCCGGAUUCCACACUGUGCUCGGAAUUUUCGAUUGGCGUUGCGCCUCUGAAGCGGAGUCUGCUCUCCUCCCUGGCGGACACUACUCUUUUGCUUAUCAGGUGCGCGCUCGAAAUGGUCAGUCAGCUGUCUCGACAACCAGUCAACGAGGUAAUCCGCGGCAUAAUCCCUUUUUGAAUUCUCCGUACAUGUUUCCUAACUCACUUUUAUGUAUACAAAGUUGCUAGUCUUUCUCGCUUAUCUAGGUUAGCUCACUGUCUAUUCGAGAUUAUUACUAUACAUAUUGGACAUAAAAAUGCCUGUUCAUAGUAACGCCUUAACUCUGAUGCAGCUCUUACUUUGAACAUCCGUCGAUGGCAUAGGUUGUCUCCUACAACAAACAAAACCAUAUCGUGUAUGGAAUUGUCUCUGAAUUGCAGCGGUUCUUGAGAGCUGCCAUUUUGUAAUCGUUGAGUGCCGCCAACAGUUGAAGGGGGACUGACUAAAAGACACUGCUUCUUAAAUCGUCAGCUUUGCCGAUGAGGUCCACAGUCUCUAUGAGCCCAAUCGUUUUUUCCACGUGUUUUUUUCUAUAAUAUGCUUCAAUAAUCUAGUUCAUGAGGCCUGGAAGCAUGCAGUUAGUCUUAGUCGCCUUCUGGAGAGCACCCCUUUGAACUGAUUCGAGGGCCAUGUGUCCUCGUGGUUAGUAUCUGUUCAGCGUAGCCUCUGCUGGAACGACAACUAAUCUGGAUUUUCCUUCAACUAUUCCUGGAAGGAGCAGAAUGACGUGGAAGAAGACCCUCACGGCGGUGUCAGUUAUGCCGAUGCAUGUGUUACUGUGGCAUUCUACCUGUCCUGAAGUAGUCUCAACAACUGGCUGGGCCGCAGAUGCGCUGAAUUACAGCGAAGGUCACUAUGACUCACGACGUGCGUUUAUCGAGCUUCGCUGAUUCAUAACUGCCGUCGUACCCGUGUGUGGUGAUACACCUAAGCUGCUGCGCCCAAUCGCAGCACCAGACGCCUGACGGGUCAGGACAACUGACUGACUCAGCAGGAGGGCGGAGAGUGAGGUAAGCUCUGAGAAAUCCAUCUCUACGACGCUUCAGCGCAUUCCGUACGAUAAUAUAUCUGACGCGCUGCAAUCCGUCGCGACGCACCAGAAGUCCUGGCCUGAAAGAGUGACAACGCUGUAGCUUGGUUCUCUCAGGAGUGAAAGUCAGACUCGCUCCUUCUAAAUGUGUUCUCUAUGACAUUCCCACCCAUAUCUUAUAUGAGCCGCCCUCUGUGAAAUCUUGGUACACUGCACGGGACCAGGUCGUCCGUGGCACGCAUAGAAUGACUGUUUCGAAUUGUUAGCCAGUGGGUCCGUGUCAGUCCGUGGUCGUUCCUACCUUCUCUUUCCACCUGACCCAUUUGGGUGAGGGAGGAGAGAGCGCGGCAGAUGCUGCGCAAGUCUGCUAUCACUACAACUUGAUUCACCCGCCGGUCACCGUCCUGAGGCACACGGCGAUAUCAUCGUUUGCGAUGGCUGAACUGUCGGAGGUGUACUAAGACCUGGGUAAGUUGACUUCGUAUACAUACGUUCCGUGAUCUGAGAAAGACUCGUUGGUCUGUGAUAUCGCUUUCGACGCAAUCUUAAGUCGAGACAAGUUUCAACCCACCCAGAGGUGAAGUCCGUAGCAUUUUGACAUUGGUCCUUUCUGUCACAGAGACCAUUGCGAGGUAGAAUUCCGCAGUAUUUAUGACGAAGGACCGACAAGGACAGCGGAGACUAAGACUGCAGCCGAUUCAACCUCAUCUUUCGUCAGUCGUAUCUCUAACCAGCAUCUACGAUUACAAAAAAGCAGUAGGAUACCUGACAGCAUCAGUCGGUAACUUAAUUGGUGCCCCACUAGCAACUUGCUUCCGUUUUAAUCCACCGAGUAAGGGGCCCUCUGAUCUUGUUGGAUUCGCAGAACACGCAAGCUCAGACAUCGGAGGAUGGCAGCCCCGAGCAGUCCACAUUAUACUUAACCAUGCAAGAAAAGAUCACUACCUAUAGGCAUGAGGCGACUGAGAUUUCAACUGUUCCCGAUUCACGCAUGCUGUCUCCAGUUGGCAGUUGCUUCGAUCAACAAAAACAAGCACACGAGGUCUUGCGACUGUCAGCGAUCAUGUUGGCCUUUUUGAUCUUGCCUAAUUUGUAAUUUCUCCUGGUUGCCUAUUGUGGUCUCUUUGUGUUUUUGGGUCACUUUGGGACUCAAGGUUGACCUACACGGGAAGACAUCGUGUCUAGCCCUUCAAAUCAACAAAAUUGGUGACAAUUAUUACCUCACUGACAAUUCUACCUGUCUGAGUUCAGGAAAACGGAAUCGCCUAGAGCAGAACUCAUCAGGGGUCUGGCUGAUCAGUAGGCUCAGAUGCUUCUUGAUGCCCUCCACUUGACUUCUGUCUAGCGAUUGUUAUUUGCUAUUCACCUAGGGUGUAAGCUACCUAAGGAUUGUAUGCGCCUCCUAGGCCGUGAUUCAACGAAACUUGGCUCUCGCAGGCUGGUGUGCGCUGGCAGUUCUCUCGUGCUAAGUUCCCUGCCGGUAGAUGCGCCUGCGUUCCUGCUGGGUAUACAGGUCGUGUGCAUCGUUUCUCAGUCGUCUUUCUCUUUCUGACUCGUCUAUUUUGUUUUUGGUUAAAAUCCUGGUCAAGUUUUUGUUUGUUGUGGACCAGGGGGUUUGGUAGUACGCCUAGGUGCGAGUCUGACCGUGCCAGAAGCCUGCGCCCUCUCCCGCCUCCGGUCGCCUGGGUUCUGUCUUGACACCGGGUCCAGAUGGGAGAUGAAGAGGGGGUGCGGUAGAUACAGCGCAAGUCUACCAUCACUAUAACAGAAACCAUGCGCAAGUCACCCUGCCUGAUCUCACCUUGCCGUGGAGCACACGGUGGACAUCAGCGGACACGAUGGUCAAACCUUCGAACGACUUGUGUGAUCUCCACACAGUCCCAGAUUUAUGUUGCUUCACCCCUGCUCUCUCAUUUCAGGAAAACCAACAGUGCUUUCAGGUCCAUCCGGUGGCGUUAGCUGCCUGGACGGGUCUUUCUCGCCUCCUCACGGCACGAAUCUCACCCGCCACCCCAGCCACCUACCUCGUCCACCACAUCUAUGCGACCUGUCUCACCGCAGUCGCUAACGGAUCCUGCCCUUUGCCAGCACGAGACCCCGGAACUCUGCGCUGCCUCGGUAGGGAGCACCUUGCGAUAACUCUUCAGGACGUCCUCACAGUGGGAGCCUCCUCCGCUGACUGCCUCACACCGAGCCCGGAUCGCGUUGCUCUCCUUGCCGCACUUCUGACCAUUGAACUUGAACUGAACUCAUGGGAUCCAGGAUCCUGCGGUGAUCAGGUUUCCGUAAGCAGUUUUAUAAGUUGGAUACUGAUCCUCUACGUACGCGGGUUAACAUGUGCAUAAGCAGUUCUAAGUAUAGACGAGGUUUUUUACGAUUAAGGCUGGUCUACUCUGAAAACCGGUAAAACGACCCUAAAAAGAGGACUUCAACAAAUGAUGAACAACUUAUGUAUAAGUGAAGAAGAAGAGUCCAGCACCGGAACACUUUGUUUAUUGUCCUGAGCUUUCAGACUCGUACAGGAACAUAAACUGGCUGUGCGACGAGGCGACGCAUUAUCACAAGUGGCCGCUCACACCUACGAAAUGGGUCACGAGUUUAACCUCAGGCGUAUAGAGCCCUGCGUAGUCACCUUCAGUCUUGUGCCGUCGGUCGAUGAUUGUCCUACAUGCCUUAUAACUGUCGCUUGUUCUGUUGCUGCUACUACCUCUGACGAUGGACACCUGCACGAGUCUGAAAGCGCAGGGCAAUAAACAAAGUGUUCCGGUGCUCGACUCUUCUUCUUCACUUAUGCAUACACCUGGAACUCGAAAUUUCGCCUUCAUUCGUGAACAACUUAUGUGCAUGCUAUCUUAUCAGUCGCACAAUCGCACACCCUGUAUUACUAACAUACCCCCAUCCGGCCUAAUGAGUAGAAAAGUAGUUUCGGCCGACUUGCUGGCAAAGCGUUGAGAAAAGGGAAUUCAUGAAACACUUUUCGGUGAUGGGUUUCUUCGUUCAGAAACACAGGAAAAUCAAUAGGGAACAGCAUACAGCGCGCUCUUGCCCGCCGCAGCCAACUAAAAGGUGAUAUGAGUGGUACGCCGUCCACAGAGUUGAAGGCAUUAUGACCUACUGUACUAAUGCUAUGAAAUUUUUAAACGUACAUUAAUCCGACAGCCUUCACUGUAAUUCUGUUCAGAUGGCUUGUUCUGUACUCGGAGAGGGCCAUCUUUAUGCCCACCCUACGCCCUAAAACCUCUACCGUCAGUGAGAAUUUUACCUCGACUAUUUUUUAGGAAGCAUCUCCUCACCGAUAAUGACGUUAACGUCAGGGGUUCGUCUGUAAGAGUGCGCGACGCGGGCCCGAAGAAGUAUUUUCAUUCGUUUUUACUCUUCUCGCACUCAGCUUGCCUCCCUCCCUAUGCUCACCCGUUAAGUCGCAGUUCCAUUUUUCCUGAAAAUUAUCUUGUUGCGUUUACGCAGUUUGACCUGUUUGUUAAUUGCCUCUGCUUAUUGUCGGGUUGCAGCGUCUUUGAGCCUGUUUACUUUUUGCCGCGAAUAAUUUCUCCUGUAGUCCAACGACAACCGUAGACUGACUUUCAAACGCUUCAUUGACGCCCUGCCAUUGGGAGAAAGCAGGACUGUCGAGGAGAGGACUGCAGUUGGUGCGCUGCUUCGUGGUCUUCUGGAAAUUUCCAUGCUCGGCUUCAACGAAUCGCCUCCUACAGAGGAGGAAGGGGUGUCAGAAGAUAGCGCAGGUACUUCAACUCACUUUUUAAAAGCAUGUCCGCAAAAAUGUCCCUAUCGCGCGCAUGAGAGCUUAAUUUUGCCGCUUUUUACAAGUCAGAUCACCCGUACACCGGCAGUUUUGGGCAUAUAUGUUACUCCACCCCAGUCUCAAUAACAAACUUCGUUAAGAAACUCUUUUCUCACGCAUGAGGGUGAUCUGUCUCCCCAAAAAACAGCUAAUCUCUCCUACAAGGACCUGAAGCCAAGAGUGCGGGUGGUCAUGGCUACGGGCUCUGGGCAUGUUUUUCGCUGAUGUACUCAAGUUCGUUUUCAGCAGAGAAAUAUGAACACAUUUGGUUUUAUAAAGCAGCCCUCAAUCAUUGUUGUUCGUUACGAUUACUUCCCAGGGAGUUUGCCUGCACCUCAAUGAUUCCGCGAAUAACCUUCCUUUGUUAAUAAGUGUUUUGGCACAUUUUGAGCAAUUCUUUUUGACACAAGGUGGAAUCAAACUUACGGCUCCCGGUGGGGCCUCUUUGGCUGUGCUAAAGCCUUCCCCUUGCUGUCGCCGGUUUGAAUCUCGCAGAAACACCGAGUUUUUCACAGUUGGGUCGGUAUGAAUUCCCUUUGUUAGUUUAAGUUCCACAUCCUUCCACACAACUACGUAGUCAUUUGAGUGCCUAACGCUGCACCUUGCAACAUGAGCUCAUCACUAGCUCUUCUUCCUUUUGUGCAUAGCCGCACCUAUACCGCCGGACUCGACUCUUGGCAGAAGGAGUCUCCGCCUGUUCGUGUUCACCCUCGGUGCCCUGUUGGAAUACCUUGACCGUUUCAGUACCGACGAGGUUGGGACGCUUGAUGACCAGGCCCUGCUCGGUCUGCUGAGUGUUUUCAGCACUGAACUCCACGCCAUCGGUCGUCGGCCCCCCUUUACUGAGGUGGAGAGACAACUACUGUCUACCGAUCCCUCUUUACAGGUAAUAACUUGAUCUCCUCAAAAUAUUUGAAGAGUGUCCGUCUGCUUGCAUCUUGUUUAUUUUUACACUUUCGUUGACGAAGACAAAUAAGACACAAAUUAUCAUUUUAGUCCCUCAUAUACCUUUCGGUGUAUCGCUCCAUCAUUGCUUGGUAUUAGCGUUAUCGGCGGCCUUGAUGCCUAUUGCUUCAGGGCUAAGUGGAGAAUUGGGCUUCCGUUAUGAAGAGGAGGAUAGCACCACUUGAGUCUGAAUGCUCCAAUCGCAUCAAUCACACUAUGCGUUCUUGAUCCAGUGUUUGGGCAUUAAACUUUCAACAUGUCGGACCUUUAUCUGCAACCGUCUCUGAUGAUGGGCUCGAGUGAGAAUCCGAAACGUGGGGCCAAUCAACUGCUUGUUCCAGUGAUCGCAUCAUCAUCAUCUUCUUCUUCUUCUUCUUCUAAACCGUAAAUCCUGAUAGUUUCGUCACCCGGCGCUAAUGUCACCUUGGGUUUAUAAUUUACAGUUUGCGGUUGGAUUUGUCGUACUUAGAUUAACUCUGGUUUGCUUUGAUCAUUUACCAUUAAGUCCGACUGCAUGUCCUCCCAGAGCGCGGGUGUUCACGGUGUCUACUCCUCCCCAUGACCCAAAUCCCCGUCAGUGUUGAACCACACUAGCGUUGUUGUUUGUAUACUACUUCGAGUGCUCCACUUAACUGUAACCUAAACACACAAAACUGGACAGCCGAAUUUUCGGAGGUCUUUAAGAUCUGUAAGUGCCUCAUGACAGAAAGUGUGUAUUUCGGUGAAGUUAGAUUGCAUUGAUGGCCUUUCAACUGCUGCCUGUCGCAUCAUUCCGCAGCUAGCCAUUAGGUCAAAUGCGUGGCAGUUAAAUUAUUUCAGACGACCAAUAGGAAAAGUGCCAAGGUCAGAGGUCACUGUUCAACUAUCAACGGCCAUGAGGUGAGAGCCUCUUCGAAAACUGUGCGACCAUAGGAGUCGAGGUAGCAAGGCAUUACGUGCGAUCCUUUUAAUUCUCUCGGGGAUGCGAGUUCGAGGCAAAAAGAUGAGAAGAAAAAAGAGAGAAAAAGAGAAAGUUUGGGUUAAAAUGAUAUUUUUUGAGAAUUCGAAGAAAAUCAUUCCAUGACGCUUCUGACGAAGUCACCGUGUAAGAUAAUUCCUUUCAAUAUCCUGCAUUGCAGAUAUACAGAGUUUACCGUCCUUCUUUGAUUUAGCACCCGCAGUAGAUGUGCUAAUUCAUGAACUGUAAACCGAGAUUCUGAAAUGCGCUUUCGACUCGAAAAGAUUACCUAAGUAGGGUUAUAAUUCUGAUUUCACGCAGCAUAAUCCCAAGAUAUUUCAAUUACUUUGGGAAGCCGGUUUUUGAGCGGACUUCCUUCGGACCGCCUGCAAAAACUACACUGCAAAAAACGACUACUUAAGCAGUAUGACUUAUUCUCAUCGAUUUUCGAUGCCCUUAUAAAUUCAAAUAUAUUUCAUAGAAAACAUGGACAAAAAUAUUUAUUCCUUUGGUCAUUUGGAAGAAAGUUGCGUUUUCUUCGAUCUUAAAAAGUUUCUAAUUAUGAGAUAUUUUAAGACUGUGAAAAACCCGUUCAUGAAGCAUCGUGUCUAUGCAUUUACUAAUGUCGCUCGUAAAGUUUAUAAUAUGGCCCAAAUCCACUGCAAAAUGUUAUGAACCGCAUAGGAUCUCCUCUUAAUAGCGUAUAGAAAUGCAUGAUUCUCCGGCCCUCGGUUCCCAAACGCAAGUGUAACAGCAGGUUUGGUUCAGAACUAUUCAGGAAUUGGAAAAGUUUUUUAAAACCGAAUUAUGCCCUUCCUAAGAGUACAAAAUUCGAAGAAGAAGUAGUCUUCUUCCAAAUGACUAAUCCACGACGCCAGUGUCUGUCACCGUAACGCAUGUCGGGGUCGGUAAACAGCUCUGCUUAGCCCUGGCAAAGGUCAAUUGGAUUUUAUUCUUCCCUGUCUUGCACCUUCGCACUUUUAUUCGAGUUCUCCAUUAAACGCCGGAGACAACAAAGCUACCGCCGUUUAGGUGCUUAUCUGCGGUUGUUUUUGAAGUUUCAAUGUCGGUUUGCCGGUAAACAGUGAUAGGAAGAUGGCCAUUAACUGAUCAUUCGGUUGAACAGCCCAUGUCACAAGCUGUACCACACAGUGCCUCUCCAUCAUGUGUAGACCCAUCAGAGUAUGAAAGUUGGAUGUGACGCCGGCUUCAAGCCGUUUCAUGAAAAGGCUAGCGAUUGAACGGAACGAUGGUAAAUCUCCCCAUUUCGCGUAUAAACGAUACCAGAGAAGACGUAGUAUGGGUUUCAGCUAUUUUAUGCACAGUAAGCUCGACUCCCCCCUUGGUAUAUCUGUGUCGAGGGUCCUUAGGGUUUUAGUAACUGGCACACUGUAAACCUCUGCUUCGGGUCAUUCCAGAACAGCGACGUGGACGGGCAGAGUUUGCAAAAUUUGGAGCCCGAUAACCUUCUCUUUUUUCAGUUCAGUUCAGUUUAUUUGAGGGAAGGUAGCUGUGUACUUUGAAAUCCAUAUUUGUUACACGCCGAGGAAGUAUAUGGAAAAGUGGAGGGAGAGUAACAUGAAGAAAAUACAAGAGAAUAUCAAAAACUACAGACAAGCACAGGGUCUAGUCUGCAUAAGCCUGGGUUAACCUGGUAAAUGUAAGUUGUCCUCAAAUAACCCGGGUAUUAAGCUGUAUUAGCGCGAAUAGGGACUCAAAGGGCAGGUUUUUGAUCCUUCGCUGUCUGACUGUCGAUAACCCCUCCCUCAUUUGAUUACGUCGCCUCUUAAUUGCUGCGUCUUUCUGAGUUCAUUCAGCCCUGCGAAGGGUACUUUUGGUCAUGACAGUUCGACCGUCGCGCACGAUGAUGUCCACCGCGUGGCCUGCACGGUGAUUGGUGCGCGUGAAUUACCGUAGGUGGGCUAACUGAUGAAAUGUCGGCCGAAAUUUCGAAAAGAUUAACUAAGUAUGUUUUUAACAAUAAUCAUCGUCCAGCACAAUUCUAUAGUGAUCCACUUACCGCAGGGUGCAUCCUUUCGAACGAACCUAUUUCCGACUGUAUGCUUGAUUCAUACUCUGCCGAAAAUGACUGCUUAAGUAGCAUGCAAUUUCUCAUUGAUUUUCGACGCCCUUAAAAGUUCAAUUAUAUUUCAUGAAAAAAAAUGCAUAAAAAUAUUUAUUCGGUAGAAAAUUACGUCUUCUUUCAAUUAUAUACUCGAAAGAAGAGUAUAAUUCGGUUUCAAAAAGUUUCUUAUUGUGAGAUUUUUUAACACCUUGAAAUGGCCGUUCAUAAAACGUCAUGUAUCAGCAUUUACCAAUGUGGCUUGUAAAGUUAAAAAUAUUGCUCAAAUCCACUGCUUACUUUUACGAACCCCAUAUGGUCUUCCCUUAAUAUAGUAGAGAAAUGUACGGUUUUCCGUACACGGAAAAUACACGGCUUGUAACUUUUAAACCAUGAAUGCAAGUAGAACAGUAGGUCUGGUUCAGAAUUAUUCGGCAAUUAGAUGAGUUCUUUAAAAACGAAUUAUACUCCUCCUUCGAGUACGAAAUUGGAAGACGACAUGCCUUUCUACCGAAUAAGUAAAAGAAUGAACAUUUUUGUGCAUGUUUUCCAUGAAAUAUAAUUGUGGUAGGGGGCGCCCACCGAUCGUUCAUACGGAACUCACUUGUUCCGUUGUGCCUUAAGGGCUGUCUCUCGAGCCCAACCAGCAGCCGCACAGCGGCGCAUGAUAUAUAGGCAGAAUGGUAUUACCGACAAAGACAAGGGAGACUGGAAUGGCCAUUUCUGGUCUAUUAGCCGUCGUCUGCCAGACAUACCCAACCACGGGGUGGGGAACACCCCAGCCUCGAAUUCGCGGCCUGUUGGUUUAGAAGUCCACGCCUCUACCCACCGGGCCACGAGCCCGGUUCGAGGCUCGAGUGUUCCACACUUCGGGCUUGGGUAUGGCUGGCUGACGACGGCUAAUAAGCCAGAAAUGGCCAUUCCAGUCUCCUUGUAUUUAUCGGUAAUACCAUUCUGCCUAAAUAUAAUUGUAUUUUUAAGGGCAUCGAGAAUCAAUGGGAAAAUUGCAUGCUACUUAAGUAGUCAGUUUUGCGGAGUGUAGUCCUUGCACGCAGUCAGAAAUAAGCUCCUUCGAACGAAGAUACUCUGAGAUAACUGGAUCAUUAUAGAAUUAUGUUGCAGGCUGACUAGUUUUACAACCCCACUUAAUUAAUAUUUUCGAAACGAGAACACAUUUCGAAAUUUCGUUUGACAUUUCAUGAAUUAGCCCACCUUAUGUAGUUUAUUGUAAGGAUGCCUUGCGCAGCAUCUUCUGCACUCAUCUCCUUCACCAACCUGAGCCCGGUGUCAGGAGUCAUGAAGACCGGAGGUGGAACCGAGCGCAGCCUGAUCCGUGCAAAAAGGAGCAUGUUUUCGCAAAAACGAGGCAGAGACGGCUCGCAUCCCAACUGAAUAGGCGUGCCGUAGAAGGCACAUUAAAAAAGGAACUGCUGCAACCUGACUCUCCGUCCUAAGAGUAGGACCGAGCUAUCUCGCCAGUUGGCCGCCUUUCAAGCCACGGCUUUUAGCGCACCGUGAUAGUCUAAAAGCGCAUUAAAUUGCAUAUAGUGAAGAAUAUGCACUGAUUGCCAUGGGGACGGAAUCCCCAGAGUCAAACUCGCUCUCGCUUCCCUUUUUUCGAGCAUCUGUCUGAGCCGGUCAGUCAUCUGAUGUGGGGAUAGCUGGGCAACCCCGUCUGCGACUAUCCCACACAACACCAGGUAUCCACAUGGAGGUGGUGGGAGGCCCAGGUCUCAUAUUCGUGAUUGUGCCAUAGUGGCCAUGUUAGGAAGCAGUCGUUGAGUCUGACGCUCUCUGUACUCCAGCCAACUACUCCACACAAACGCACAGGGCUGACUGCGACGUCUGAAGCACCAUCGAUUGACAACCCUCUAACUCACGACGUUUAGGGCGUCGGGAUAGAUUCAAGUACAUCAGAUUUGUUAUAACGAGGAGUGCACCGAAGCGCGUGGGGAAGGUGGAUUCCCUGGAGCCGACCUCACUCUCUCUUCUCUUUUCCGGGCACCAGUCCACUGUCCGAGCCGGUCAGCCAUCUGAUGCAGGGAUUUGACGCAAGUGACUGACGGAGCUAGAAAACUCGUCUACGCGUGCCACGUACGACCUCGUCCCCCACACAGGUUUUCACACAUAGGUACCAUAUGGUGAAGUAGCUGAAGAACACCCUCCCCACUUGUUUGAGAGGUGCCUACUCCGUGCGUGUGCUGCGUGGUGCCGGGUGGGUUCGUGUGUGAUGUAUGUGUUGGUGCGGAGACGUGUGGUGAUGGAAUUUGGUCUGCGCUGGUUUACUGCAUCGAGGCCAACGUACCUUUUUACUUUCCUUCGUUUUUAUUGAUUUUUAUGGACUAAGUUUCACUUUAUAUCCUUAGUUGCAUUCGAUACCAGUAAAUUUGAGCGCAUGUUUUUUACGUGCUGGUAAGAGGCUCCUGCUUCAGAAACAUUUUGCGCCUUGUCUUUCUUCUCUCUAACUGGCGGCAAUAUUGCUCUAUGUGAGCAGGAAUGACUGUCAGUUUGAUUUCACUUCUUGACUCGCUGUUUUCUUGCCAGCACCAUGGAUUUUUACCCCAUUGUUGCUCCUUCACAUGCUUUCUUUUUCCCUCACAAUUACAGGAUCAGCUUUCGUUAGUGGCAUCAUCUAUCAUCAGCCAUCUUCGACUCUUUGCAUCCAAUCAAGGUUUGCUUCUAUUCCCGUGA